UCGCUUCCAAACUACGGCGCGGCCGCUCAUUCCGUUUUUAACCAGCGUAGCGGCUGGUAUUGCGCUUCCACCUAUUUUUAAAAACACGUGGCUCGGUGAUUAGUUCAACAAUAACCUAAAAGUGACAUACACAGCAGCUGUUACGUGCGCAGAUAAGGGAUCAAUACGUAAUUUUCUACGUGCAGAAACAAACAGGAUGGCAAACGACACAAAUGGGAAUGUGCCUGCGGCUCACGAGCUGGAGUCCUUCUUGCCAGAAGCAGAAAAGGGCAACGCAAAACCUGUCAGGGAAUAUUACCUGUCAAAAGAUUCGGAGUCAGAGGAGGAUUUCGACCCGUUUGCUGAUAGGAACGUUAAGAACCCUACAUCAAACACGGACACCCUAAUACAUUUACUGAAAGCGUCAUUGGGUACGGGUAUCCUGAGUAUGCCGAAAGCUUUCCAGGCAUCAGGUCUCUUCGCUGGAGUUUUCUUCUGUGUUCUUGUAGCAGUGAUCUGCACCCACUGCGCUUAUAUUCUAAUCAAAUGCGCCCAUGUGCUGUACAAGAAGACAAAGAAGACUUCAAUGAGUUUUGCCGAGGUCGGGGCAGCGGCUUUAGACAACGGCCCGGAAUGUAUCAAAAAAUUUAGCUUCGCAUUCAAAUGCUGCAUUACAGGUCUUCUGUUUGCUACCUACUUCGGUACUUGCUCCGUAUACACUGUCCUCAUUGCAGAAAACAUUAUGAAGGUGCUGGACAGCAACAUCCCGAAGCCUCUAGGCGAGCCACACGUGAUCAACAGCCAGACGAUAAUGCUGAUACUCCUCCCGCCGCUCAUCCUCAUGGUCUGGAUCAGGAACCUCAAGUACCUGGCGCCAGUUUCGAUGAUCGCAAAUAUAUUCAUGGGCAUCGGUCUCGGCAUAACCUUCUACUUCUUAGUAGGAACCGGUUCGCUCAACCUGAACGCAGUGAGUCCCAUCAAGCAUCCGUCAUACUGGCCGGAGUUCUUCUCGCUGACUAUAUUUGCGAUGGAAGCGAUCGGUGUCGUGAUGCCGGUUGAAAACUGCAUGAGGACGCCUCGGGCCAUGCUCGGGUGCUGCGGAGUGCUGAACAAGGGCAUGUCCGGUGUCACCGUGGUAUACAUCCUGCUCGGCUUCCUCGGAUACCUGCGGUAUGGUGAGGGCGUGGAGGACUCCAUCACUCUCAACCUGGUAUCUGGGUUAGGCGACCCACCUGUAUAUAACAUUCUGGGCCAAGUGGUCCAAGUCUGCAUCGCCCUGGCCGUAUACUGCACCUUCGGUCUUCAGUUCUUCGUGUGCGUCGAGAUCAUGUGGAACGGGAUCAAGGCGAACUUCACGAAGCGUCCCGAUUUCGCCGAGUACGUCACGCGGACCAUCAUGGUCACCCUGUGCGUGCUGCUGGCCGUCGCUGUCCCCCAUAUCGCCCCAUUCAUGGGCAUCAUUGGCGCCUUCUGCUUCUCUCUUCUAGGCCUUAUUGCGCCCGCUUUCAUAGAAAUCAUCACUUUCUGGGACAUCGGCUUCGGCCCCUACAAGUAUCUCAUCUGGAAGAACAUCCUAGUCGUGCUAUUCGGCCUCUUCGCUCUCGUCUUCGGCACCAAAGACGCCGUAAUUAACAUGAUGUCAAAGUAAACACUGAAUAUAAUCCGAGCUAGUGCUAUAAUA